UCCGAUCGCCUGCGCAGAGAUGAGUUCACACAGCGCGUCUGCGCAGGCGAUGAGAGGGGAGGUGGAGAGCAUGUUUGAUGCACUUAUAGUACAGUCAUUUAAAAGGGGCGGGAAUAUACAAACAGUCCCGCAUGUAUAAAACUCUUGGAGACACAUGAAGUGCUGUGGAGUUUGGACAUUAUGCUUGACAUACUGGCAGAGAAGAACACGAGGAACAUGCUCUCACUACUCACCGUUGUGACUGUUUAUCUCGCGGUUUGGGGAGGAAUCACUGCAGAUGCUCAAGUCGGACCUGUGUUACGGAACUCCAUCAGGCAUCUUCCCGCAGCAUCCAGUCCGAGUGACGCGGUGAGCGCGAGCCCGCGCGUGACCGGCACCGCAGACAGCGACGCUCCGGCGUCGCCGAACUGCGCCGCUGAUGCCGAGUGCGGGCCCGGUGAAUUUUGUAACGGCUCUCGGGGAGUUUGUCUCUCGUGCCGCAGGCGGAGAAAGCGCUGCGCUCGUGACGGAAUGUGCUGCGCUGGAAACCGAUGCAUCAACGGUGUGUGUCAACCUGCGGAUGCAGAAGCUGUCGUCACGGUAGACGCCGAUCAACCGGUUGGCAAAACGGAUGAGCAAAGUAUAACUGUGACACGUGGGCAGAACUUCACACAUCCCAAAAGAACCACCAUCCUACCAAAACAACAGCAGCCACUGAAAGGUGGCGAGGGUGAGACGUGUCUGAGGUCUUCGGACUGUUUGGCAGGGCUGUGCUGCGCCCGACACUUCUGGUCCCGGAUCUGUAAGCCCGUGCUGACCGAGGGACAGGUGUGCACGCGCCACCGGAGGAAAGGGGCUCACGGUCUGGAGAUCUUCCAGCGCUGCGACUGCGGCUCCGGCCUGUCCUGCCGCGGCCAGAGAGAGAAACCCGGAGCGGAAAGCCGAAACCUCCACACCUGCCAACCGCGCUGACCCCGCAGAACCGCUCUCGGCUCCACACACACACACAGCACGCGCACGCAUGCAGACACACAUGCAGUGGCGGCAAAGGAAAACUGAUUGCACGGAAGGAUGCGCCAUUAAAAGGACUGAUCGUAUUUCCUGGACGGAUGCAGAGAAACUGCACCGUACAGAUGUUUCUGUUGUACACUCUGCUAUUUAAGACUUUUUCCCCUGGGUCAUCACAAAAGGCAGAUUGCUUUUGUUUCCCUUUAUAAGGAACUUCUUAUUCUUCUUGCAGUAAAUUACUGUAUUGUAAAUACGUAGUCAGAAAUUGCACUUAACACUGAGCAUAUGGAUCCUGUAAAAGUAGCAUUUUAUGAUUCACACGAUAUUGUAAAUGUGCCAGUCAUAUGAUCUAGAUGGUUAACAGUACUAUUUUUAUUUUAAGCAAAGUGUAUAGAUAUUUGUCUGAUUAAAAUCUAUAAAUGGAACAAUAA